AUUUGGUCUUCAUUCAGUCAACUAACCAACUAGAAGAGAGAAAAUUUGACAGUUUUUAACUUGUUUUGUAUCAGAAGGAAUUACUUCAGUUCUAUACUAAAAUGGCAUUCUCCGACAUCGCUCGAACACCAAGAACUCCAAUGAGUCCUAUGAUGUCCAAGGUUCUUCCUUACGUCAGCGACAAGACUUCAAGUCGCCAUCUUGGAAGAUCUCUGGACAUGGGCCAUGCUAAAGCUUAUUACAAUCCUGCCAAUAAAUCUGUGUAUAACAGAUAUUCAGUUGGUGAUUGGGGCCAGUCUAACAAUUCUCACUUUAAUCUCUCGUCUAAAGAAAGAUCGUAUGGAGAACGAUUGAGAGCUGACGCCUGGAGAGCCAUUCAGGAGACUGAUUCUAGAACUAGAAACAGGCAGAAUGAAGUCACCAAACGAUUAGGUGAACGAGUGACUGAUAUCGCCUUCUGGAAGAGUGAAUUAAACACUGAAAUCAACCAAAUGGCGACUGAAAUAGAAAAUCUAAAAGAAUAUCGUCGAGUUUUAGAGAAAGCAUUAGGUGAUACUGCCAACCCAUUACAUGUAGCUGAAGAAUGUUUGAUGCAUCGUGAAAAACGACGAGGUAUUGAUUUGGUUAAUGAUGAUGUGGAGAAAUCUCUUAUUAAGGAGGUACAGUUGAUUAAACAUUGUCAAGGAAAGAUGAAACGUGUUUUAGAUAAAGCCAUGGCUCAACUCAAAGUAAACCGAGCAGCCCAACAUGCUCUAGAAGUCGACUGUAAAGAUAAACACCACGCUCAACAUCUUGAUGACAGAAUGCAACAAUUAAGAAAUUCUUCAGCUGGUAUCGGAUAUUUCCCCAGUAUUGAAAACGUUGAUAAUACAAUCACCAUCCCUGAAUCGUGGGCGAGAUAUACUCACGAGAAUGUCAUCAGAUCUCAGAAAGAACGAGCAGCUUCAGAAAAACUCCGAGGUGAAAUUGACAGCUGUAUGAGAUCCUGUGCCAAUGAAAUGUGGAGUAUCUUUAACGCUGUUAAUAAUAAUUUUAAUAUGAGAAUCCAUGAUACUUCAGACGCUAGAAAUAAACUUCAAGCUCAUCUACAAAGAACGAUGCAAGAAAUCUUCGACAUGGAAAGAAACAUCCAUCUGUUAAGAAAAGCCAUUCAAGAUAAAGAAAAUCCAAUGAAAGUGGCUCAAACUCGACUUGAUGAAAGGACAAGAAGAAUCCAUGUUGAAGUCUGCCACGAUCCUGUCAUGAAAACAUUAAAACAUGAAGUUAAUGAUAUCAGAGAAUCUAUCGCUAUUUUAAAGAAGAGUCUCAGAGAAUCUGAAUUAAGUUUAGCUAGGUUGAUGAAAACUAAAGCUGUUUUAGAAAAUGAUAUUGGGGUGAAGGAGAAUUCCCUGAAAUUAGAUUCUCAGCUGUGUAUGGGAAUGAGGAAAGGUUUCCCCAUGGAUCCUAAAGUUGGUCCAAUCUUCCAGAUGCCAACUUGUUAAAUAAUUUACAACUUUUAUUAUUACUAUUUAUUUAAUAUUUUAUUUUCAUACAACUCGACAUCUAUCUGUAAAGCUGGAUUCAGAUCGCUCUAGUAGUAGCUGGUAAUUACAAUUUUCGUCAAAUCAAAAUUUCCUUUCGUCUCUUUUUGUUUAAAGAAAUUUUGGUUGGAAUAUAUAUGACAUUAUAGUUCGGUUUUUAUUUGUAUAAAAAAUGAUGCUUGUAUUUCUUAAUAAUGAUAUGAAAUCUUUUCAACAAAUAAAUCUAUAUAUAUACUUAUAUAA